UAGUCUGUACUCGCGCAAAGCGUCUUGAAAGAAAUAACAAGCGAGAGCUUCAAAAGAAAACUUCUCUUUGCCGUCUCCGGGGAGGACGGUAUUUUAAUGUAAAGCAAAAGAAUCUUUUGCUAGAUUUCAACACCAUCGUUCUCCUUCGGCGCAAUUGCAACCAAUCCGAACUUUCUGGUAGGUUCGUUACAUCUUUUUGAACCUUUCUCGUAAUAAUUGGGAUUGAUUUCAAGCAGAAAUUGUUUGAUUUAACGGAUUUCGAGCAUUCGGUCCCGCUACCGCGUGGCGUUUAUUUUCGGUCAAUCUUGAGAUGGUUAUUGAGGUUUUAUUUUGAUAGAUCAAUGGGUAUACUUUUAUGAUUGGAAGGGUUUUGAUUAGCAAAUCGUUGUGUUUCGGUUUUCUCUCUGUCUGUUGAUGUAUCUUGCUAUUAUUGAAGAGAAAUAUCGGCUUGUGAACGUGCCCAAAUUAUUCCUGGGUGCUAUCAGGCCAUUGAAUCUUUUGUUUGAAGGCAAGGUCUAUUCGUUUUGUAUCCCGAGAGAUAGAUGGGAUAAGGAGUUUUUUAAGCUACAAAGUGGAUAGUAAAUCAUAUUUUGUCGACAUCAUAGAGUUUUUGUAGCGGAAUUGUUGAAGUAGAUUGAUUUGUGUUACAACUUUUUGAGAUGGGCUCUUCACAAGGAUCUACAUUGUCAACAAAUAUUUCUGCCGGAUUUGUGGAUGGUUCAUCUACACGCCGAGGGGUUUCUUAUGUUGAUAGUUUGCCUGUUUAUGUUAAGGAGCUCAUUGCUGGGGGCGCUGCAGGAGCAUUUGCUAAGACGGCUGUUGCACCUCUGGAAAGGACUAAAAUUCUCUUGCAGACAAGAACGGAAGGGUUCCAAUCUCUUGGGGUGUGUCAAUCCUUAAAGAGGUUACUGAAGCAGGAGGGUAUUCGUGGAUUUUAUAAAGGAAAUGGAGCUAGUGUUCUUCGGAUUGUUCCUUAUGCAGCCUUGCAUUUUAUGACGUAUGAGCAAUAUCGUGUUUGGAUUGUGAAUAACUAUUCAGCAUUGGGAUCAGGGCCUGUUAUAGAUCUUUUAGCUGGUUCACUGGCUGGAGGAACGGCAGUUUUAUGCACAUAUCCUUUAGAUUUGGCUCGUACAAAACUUGCUUAUCAGGUUGUAGAUACUAGAGGAAGUUUCAGGGGUGGUAUAAGAAGUGUAUGUGCUCAACCUGCAUAUGGUGGCAUAAAAGAUGUACUCACAAGUGUCUACAAGGACGGGGGAAUGCGUUCUCUCUAUCGAGGCAUAGGUCCAACCCUAACUGGAAUUCUCCCUUAUGCUGGUUUGAAGUUCUAUGUAUAUGAGGAACUUAAGAGACAUGUUCCUGAAGAGCAUCAGAAGUCAAUUAUGAUGCGUCUUUCUUGUGGAGCCCUAGCAGGGCUAUUUGGGCAGACCCUCACAUACCCGUUAGAUGUUGUUAGGAGACAGAUGCAGGUAGAAAAUCUGAGACCUUCCAUUAAGGGUGAUGCCAAAUACAGGAACACAUGGGAAGGGCUUACCAGCAUUGCACGAAAUCAAGGGUGGAAACAGUUGUUUGCAGGCCUGAGCAUUAAUUAUAUCAAGAUUGUUCCUUCUGUGGCAAUUGGUUUCACUGCAUAUGACAUGAUGAAAGUAUGGCUUCACAUACCACCUCGGCAGAAAUCGCAAUCAGUCUCCAACUCAUAAUCUUGACGAUAGCUAUCAGACUUUGUACAAG